CUUUGCGCGUGUUUAGAGAGAGAGAGAGGUUGGGACUUUUAGGCGCUGGAGAGUUGGUGUAGAGAGAGAGAGAUAAGGAAAGAUGUUUUGGUUUGCGGCAGCACACCGUCAUCCCCGUCUCUGCAUCUCUGCCAAUCGCCCCGCCAUUCUUUCCCAGAUUCCCGCCAUUAAUCAAACCCUAUAUUUUCACGGAAGGAUUUAUCCCCUCCCUCUUUCUCUCGCUAAUCCCCCUACUCUUCGGAUUUCACAGUCUCAGGGGCUGCGGGCUACCAGUAAUAAGAAUGGAGAUAUGGAUGAUGAGAUGGAUGAUUUGAUUAACAAGUAUGGUGAGGUAGUCUACCGAAGUAAAGACCAGAAGCCUCAUGCUGCUGAAGUCGAUGAUGAUGCCGAGAGCUUGUCACUUGCUGUCACUCUUGCCAAGGUUGCGAAUGAGGUAAAGGCUGCAGAUAUCAGAGUUCUAUUUGUGAAACCUCUUGUGUAUUGGACUCGUUUCUUUAUCAUUGCCACGGCUUUUUCACGCCCGCAGAUCGAUGCUAUCGGGACCAGAAUCAGAGAUAUAGCAGAGAAGCAGUUUAAGAGAGUCGCAAGAGGGGACACAAAGCCAAACUCAUGGACCUUACUGGACUUCGGUGAUGUUGUUGUGCAUAUUUUUCUCCCUCAACAACGUGAGUUUUACAACCUUGAAGAAUUUUACGGCAAUGCUACACUCAUCGAGUUGCCAUUUAAUACUGAAUCCACCUCCUUUAGAGAGUGAGAUACCUAUGACGUUUCCAGCUUUGAAUUUCUGAUACAGAGAGAAAAUACUCGAGGAUGCAGAAGCACGGUUGCUUGCCAUAGGUUGAAACUUUCUUUUUAUAUCAUCUAAAAAUAUUUUUCCUUUUUUCUAACUUUUUUUUUUCCAGUUACUUAAUGCCUUAAGUUGGCUUCCUAAAUUUUUGUUCAAACACUGCAGAAUAAUUGUGAAGAAUCUUGUUUGGGCUUAUCGCACAAGCUUGGGCUAAUCAGAUGUAAGUGGCUUUAGGUCAGGUUUCCUUGAUGAGUAAAUAGGCAAAUGGGCCUCCUUUCAAUUAGAGAAUAGGUCUUGUUUCUUGUAAUUUGUGGAUGAUACAGAAAUGAAAUGAAUUUGGGGGGCCCAGAUAAAUUUGCAGCU